UCUGGCACCUGUGUGGUUCCCACUGCUACGUUGGCAAAAGGACAUGUGGCUGGAGUAUUUAAAGUGGUACAGAGCUGGUACUUUUCACCAUCUCCACUGGUCUCAAGAUGUCACUCAUAUGGAGUCUGCUCUUCUUCCUCAUUGGCGCAUCAUAUGCGGCCGAGGUCUGUUUUGAUGACCUGGGCUGCUUUAAUGACCUGCCUCCCUGGGGGGGCACUCCUGAGAGACCAGUAGCCAUGCUGCCCUGGAAACCUGAGGACCUCGGCACCCGCUUCCUCCUCUUCACCCAGAAGAACCGCUACUACCAGGAGAUCAAGGCUGACAAAACCAUCCAAGCAUCAAACUACUUUGGAAGGGGAAAGACUCGAUUUAUCAUUCCUGGUUAUUUGAAAAAAGGAGACGAGGACUGGCCCCAGGAGAUGUGUAAGGAAAUGGUGAAGUGGGAGAAUGUGAACUGCGUCGCUGUGGAGUGGAAGAAAGGUGUGAAGACUCAGUAUGCCCAGGCUGUCAAUAAUGCCAGGGUGAUGGCUGCCCAGGUGGCAUCAAUGAUCACAUUCCUCAUGGGCAACUACAAGCAGACCGCUGAAAAGUUCCACCUUAUCGGACACAGCCUGGGAGCUCAUGCUGCUGGAGACGUUGGCAGCAGGAUCAGUGGCCUGGCACGCAUCACAGGACUGGACCCAACUGAGCCUUACUUCCAGGACACUAAUGCAUCUGUGCGCCUGGACACCAGCGAUGCUGCCUUUGUUGAUGUCAUUCACACCGAUGGCCUUCCUUUCAAAACCAAACUUGGUCUGGGCAUGUCACAAUCUGUGGGCCACAUUGACUUCUACCCCAACGGAGGAGAACUCAUGGCUGGAUGCUCCCCCAACAAAGGCAGUCCCACUAACCUGGACGCCAUCUGGGAGGGAACCAUUAAGUUUGAUGACUGCAACCAUGUCCGAGCCUACGAGUACUACAUCGAGAGCAUGGCCAAAUCCAGUGGCUUUGUAGGAUUCCCCUGUUCUGACAAGAAGAGCUUUGCUGAUGGAAAGUGUUUCCCAUGUGCAGACAACAAAUGUCCUCUGAUGGGCCACCUUGCUGACAGGUUCACUGUGACUGAUGGCAUUUCAAAGACGAAGUACUUCCUCAACACUGGCAGUUCAAUGCCCUUUGGCCGUUACAGCUACAAAAUGAUUCUAACCCUGGAUGGUCCCAGCUGGCCUAACCCAGGCUUCUUGUAUGUGGCACUCGCUGGAGACAAUCAGAACACUAAGGAGUACCAGCUUCAUGUGGGUACACUGAUGUCUGGAUGGAACUAUGAGAUGUUUAUCGACGCUGAGGUGGAUGUGGGUGAUGUGACAGAGGUAAAGUUUCGGUGGAACAACCACAUCUUUAACCCCAUGAAACCCAAGUACGGUGCAUCCAAGGUGGACUUGCAAAGAGGAAAAGACAAGAAGACCAUUGUCUUCUGCGGAACAGAAAAUGUGGUGGAGAAUGGGAUCCAGACUGUGCUUCCAUGCCAAUAACCAACCAUGAUCACCAUGUUACUCAGGGAGUUUCAAUAAACAUUUCACAUUC